AUGCCUUUUACACUGCGACACCAUAAAGUUGCCGUAACUAGUCUAUUGAACUGGUGUAGCGAAGAUAUUCUACCUACCUUGAUCAGUGGGGACGAAGAUGGUACUAUUUUAGUAUGGAACUUGCUCAAUAGGAAGCCGUUUUAUCGAUAUAAAUGUAAUGGACAAAUCAUAUCCUUGCAACAAGUUAACGAUUUGCUAGUCGCAUUGUGCAAGGAUCAUACAUUAAGGAUAUUUACGUUCCCGCUCUCUGUGACGUUAAGCAUUAACAAUACCUUUUCUACUUCUCAUAACUUGGCAGAAUUGAACUUGAUUUAUGAGAUCCCAGUUAACACCUUAAAUUUUGCAAAUGCGGCAGUACAACAUAUCAAUGGAGAUAUCUAUAUGUUGUGGUGCUGUAAUACACAAGACUCGGAAACAAUCGAUGUGUAUCAAUUCAACAUCCAGGAAAAAACGUCGUUAAGAAGACUCCGCAAGGCAAUUGCAUUAUAUGAACAUAUAUCUAAAAUGGUGGAUCCGUCAGUUAUGAAGUUUGAUAAAUUAGGGACUGUAAUGAAGUUCUUAUUGUACGAAGAUAGGAUAUAUAUUGGGUUUGAAUCUGGAUUUGUUGUUGCUGUAUCUCUUUCGGAUGAUCUAUCUUUACACGUCUCUUAUGUUUCAUCAGCACAUUAUCCCGAGCCUGUUUUGGAUCUCUCUGUUGGCCAUGAUUUAAAAAUGGUAUUAAGUUCAUCUACAACUUCCAGCUUAGGGUUACAUAAAGCUAAGUCGAAGCUAAAACACCAACACGACACUGCAGAAGGAGAUAUAAUUAUCGAUGACAGUGAAGUAUAUUCGAAUCUAAUAAAAUUGCCAACUAAGAAAGUGGCACACAUCCAACAAAUGGAUAAUAUCAUAGUCGUUUCUACCUGGUAUGGAACAACGGAAAUAUUUGAUACAACAGGUAGGGAUACUCUAACUAUUAUUCGAAAAGAAAGAGGACAAGUGCCUGUUGAUGACAAUCCAUAUGGUAACGCAUCACUUCCAAAAGAUUCCACUAGGGUUAAAAUAUCUUCUAUGAUAUGUAUAUCAAAAACAAACACUAAUGAAGUAUCAUCCAUUAAGGAUGUGACAGAAGGUAUUAAGCGUAGACUUCUACGUUUCUCAAACCAAACAUGGUGUUUGGUGGGGUACGAAGAUGGGUCAAUUGUGGUUAAAGAGAUAGGUCAUUAG